ACCCGUCCAAGUGGCCCCGCGCUGGCGGAGACGGGGUUCGGGGGCCCGGCGGCCUCCGAGGAUUUGGAAGCUGUGGUAGGGGCUCGGGAUGGACAAAGGACCAGUUCGGGCUCAGACACAGACAUCUAUAGCUUCCAUUCGGCCACGGAGCAAGAGGAUUUGCUCUCAGACAUCCAGCAGGCGAUACGCCUGCAGCAGCAGCAACAGCAGCAGCAGCACCUCCUCCAGGGCUCCGAGCUGCCUGCAGUGUCCCCCACCGCCGCCUCCCCACUGCCCGGGGCCUUCCUGGGCCUGGACCGAGUCCUGCUGGGGCCGAGCAGCGCGACUGGAGAGGCCCCGGGCAGUCCGGACACGGAACAAGCUCUGUCCGCGCUCUCUGACCUGCCCGAGAGCCUGGCCGCCGAGCCCCUGGUGCCUGAGCAACCGCCGCCCCCCUGCGGCCGCCGAGCCUCGGAGGCGCGGGACCUGCGGGUAGCACAGCUCACGGCCGCAGACUCGCCAUCGUCCACCGCCUUCCUGUUUCCCGAGGCCGGACCCGGGGAGGGCGCAGCCGAAGUCCCCGUGCGAGAGGCUGGGGACACGGAUGAGGAAGGCGAGGAGGAUGCUUUUGAGGAUGCUCCCCGAAGCUCUCCGGGGGAGGAGUGGGGUCUGGAGGCGGGAGAGGCCGCGCAGGGGCUGUGGGGAGAGGCCGCAGAGGGGGCGCCAGGGCCUGGCGCUCCCACGGGCGCCUCGCUGCCCGGCAGCCCGGCGCCCAGCCCACGCUGCUUCAAGCCCUACCCGCUCAUCGCCCCUUGCUACAUCAAGACCACCACCCGGCAGCUCAGCUCGCCCAAUCACUCCCCGUCUCAGUCCCCCAGCCAGAGCCCCAGGAUCAAGAGGCGGCCGGAGUCAUCCCCGAGCCAAGGA